AUGAUAUUCGACGCCAACAAUCGACUCUCGGCCAAGGACAGUUUGGACCGGGCCAAUAUCCUGUGCGAAUGGGUGAAGAGGCAGCCCAACUCGAUCAGGAGGGGCAGACCAGGGGUGCGAGGGCGAGAUGAAGGGCAGCAGCGGUUGCCACCCCCGCCUAUCGCUGGGGGUGCCGGGAUGCACAUAGCACCGCCGCGGGGCGCUGCGGCCCAGGCUGCCCCAGCGAACGCUCCUGUUGCGCGUGCAGCCGUGCAACCACCAGCCCAAUUGCCGGGCCUUCAAAACCCGGCCCCUACAGCCGAUCUCAGCCGGCCGGGCAUCGCCAUGGUGGCUAUCCGGGGCCAAACCGUUACAAUGCGCCGGGCGGAUAACCGAUUUGACGCCCGUGAGAUACUUGUCGCCUCCGGUGUCCCAGACAGCGAGAAAGCUCGCCUUGCUGGCCUACUGAGAAAGGAGGGAGUUCGGUUUGGGGACGGCCCGGUGUGUGUGUCCCUUCGGCACGCCGAGCUCCUGACAAACGCGACCAAACUCAAAACCGAAAUGGCCCCUUUACUCGCCGUGGCCCAAGGACUUAACCUUCCGGAGGACGGACCGAUCAACCCAGACAGAGACCGUCCGCUCCCUUCUGUCGAAGGACCUCCCGCCCGGGCAGCUCCGUCCAUCACCCUAGGGCCGCCGCUUGAGGGCAUAUUCCAAACCAUCCUCUAUCGCCGCAACGCGAUCGCAUAUAUCCCUUCGCAAAGAUUCGUCAACCUACGACAGCUCGGUAUCGCCUACGGCCUGCACCACGAAUCCGCGUUGAGAUGGAUCAAACGGCACAAAGUCGAAUGCCAACAAAUCACCGCCGUCAGAACGGGUUUCCGGGGCACCUACGUUCACUAUGCCGCUGCCCAGGCAUACUUGAGCGCGAAGCAUAUCAACCUGCAGUGGCCCAACGUGACGCGGCCCAGCGUGAAGCUGCCCAACGUGAAGCGGCCAGACGUGAAGCGGACCGACGUGAAGCAAGUCAACGCGAAGCCGCCACGCCCAGAACAACUACAGCCACGGGUCCUACCUCGCACCAUCUCCUUCCACGGGUUCACGCCUGGCGCAGCAGUCUGUACGAGCCGCCACGCCCGGUGCGAGCGAGAGCAAUAG